AUGCCACUUUCUGUUCAGUCCCAGAAAUCCUGGAUCGAAGGAGUAUUUGACAAGAGAGAAUGUAACAAAGUCAUACCCAGCACAAAAGAUCAUCACAGAUGUACUCCGGUAUGCCAGGUCUGCCAGAAUUUAAUCAGGUGUUGCUGUGGCCGAUUGAUUGGAGACCACCCUGGAAUAGAUUAUGCCUGGACCAUCUCAGCCACCAAGGGUAAUGAAAAUGAACAAUGGUCUGUUGAACAACAUACAACGAAAAGCCCUACAGAUACCUUUGGCAUGAUUAAUUUCCAAGAUGGAGAGCACACCUACCACUCUAAGUAUAUCAGAACUUCUUAUGAUACAAAGUUGGAUCAUCUGUUGCAUUUAAUGUUGAAAGAGUGGAAUAUGGAACUGCCCAAGCUGGUGAUCUCUGUCCACGGGGGCAUCCAGAACUUCAAGAUGCCCUCCAAACUUAAAAAGAUCUUCAGCCAAGGUUUGGUCAAAGCUGCAGAGACGACAGGAGCGUGGAUAAUCACUGAAGGCAUCAAUACUGGAGUGUCCAAGCAUGUUGGGGAUGCCCUGAAAACCCAUUCCUCUCAGUCCUUGAGAAAAAUCUGGACAGUUGGAAUCCCUCCUUGGGGUGUCAUUGAGAACCAGAGGGAUCUUAUUGGAAAAGAUGUAGUAUGCCUGUACCAGACACUGGGUAACCCCCUCAGCAAGCUCACCACUCUCAACACCAUGCACUCCCACUUCAUCCUGUCUGAUGAUGGGACCGUGGGCAAGUAUGGAAAUGAAAUGAAACUCAGGAGGAACCUGGAGAAGCACCUCUCUCUGCAGAAGAUACACAGCCGCUCAAGACAAAAUGUCCCCGUGGUGGGGCUGGUGGUGGAAGGAGGUCCCAAUGUUAUCCUGUCCGUGUGGGAGAUUGUCAAGGACAAGGACCCAGUGGUGGUGUGUGAAGGCACAGGCAGGGCGGCCGACCUCCUGGCCUACACACACAAACACCUAGCAGAUGAAGGGGUAUUGCGUCCUCAGUUGAAAGAAGAGAUCAUCUGCAUGAUUCAGAACACUUUCAACUUUAGUCUUAAACAGUCCAAGCACCUUUUUCAAAUUCUGAUGGAGUGCAUGGUACACAGGGAUUGUAUUACCAUAUUUGAUGCUGAUUCUGAAGAGCUGCAAGAUCUUGACUUAGCAAUCCUAACAGCUUUGCUGAAGGGCACAAAUUUAUCAGCAUCAGAACAAUUAAAUCUGGCAAUGGCUUGGGACAGAAUGGACAUUGCCAAGAAACAUAUCCUAAUUUAUGGACAGCACUGGAAGCCUGGCACCCUGGAACAAGCAAUGUUAGAUGCUUUAGUGAUGGAUCGGGUAGAUUUUGUGAAGCUCUUAAUAGAAUAUGGGGUGAACCUCCAUCGCUUUCUUACCAUACCUCGACUGGAAGAGCUCUACAAUACGAAACAAGGACCUACUAAUAUGCUCUUGCAUCAUCUUGUCCAAGAUGUAAAGCAGCACACCCUUCUGCCAGGCUACAGAAUAACACUGAUUGACAUCGGACUGGUAGUGGAAUACCUCAUUGGUAGAGCAUAUCGCAGUAGCUACACUAGAAAAAAUUUCAGAGCCCUCUACAACAACCUCAACAGAAAACAUAAGCACCGGAGAUGCUCCUCAGGAAACAGAACGGAGUCUGCGGAAAGUACACUGCAUUCCCAGUUCAUCAGAACUGCCCAGCCCUAUAAGUUCAAGGAAAAGUCUGUAGCACUUCAUAAGUCAAGGAAGAAGUCGAAAGAACAAAAUGUAUCAGAUGACUCUGAGACUACUGGCUUUAUUUACCCUUACAAUGACCUGCUGGUUUGGGCUGUGCUGAUGAAAAGGCAGAAGAUGGCCAUGUUCUUCUGGCAGCAUGGAGAGGAGGCCACGGUUAAAGCAGUGAUAGCCUGUAUCCUCUACCGAGCGAUGGCCCAUGAAGCUAAGGAGAGUCACAUGGUGGAUGAUGCCUCAGAAGAGUUGAAGAAUUACUCGAAACAGUUUGGCCAGCUUGCCCUGGAUGUGUUAGAGAAGGCGUUCAAGCAGAAUGAGCGAAUGGCCAUGAAGCUUUUGAUGUAUGAACUGAAAAACUGGAGCAACUCUACCUGUUUGAAACUGGCGGUGUCGGGAGGAUUACGACCUUUUGUUUCACAUACUUGUACCCAAAUGCUACUGACGGACAUGUGGAUGGGGCGCCUGAAGAUGAGGAAGAACUCUUGGUUAAAGAUCAUUAUAAGUAUUUUUUUACCACCCACCAUUUUGACAUUGGAAUUUAAAAGCAAAGCUGAGAUGUCACAUGUUCCCCAGUCCCAGGACUUCCAGUUUACGUGGUAUAAUGGUGACCAGAACCCCAGCUGUUCCAAAGAAAGUGCUUGUGUGAAAGACUAUGAUUUGGAAAGGGGCCCUGAUGAGAAGAUUGAUGAAAUUCAGCACUGUGAUUUAGAGAGUGGGCCCCAGAACCUUCCAUGGACCAGGAAAGUCUAUGAGUUCUACAAUGCUCCGAUUGUCAAGUUUUGGUUUUAUACGAUGGCGUAUUUGGUAUUCCUCAUGCUGUUCACUUACACUGUGUUGGUGGAGAUGCAGCCCCGGCCCAGCGUGCAAGAGUGGCUUGUUAGCAUUUACAUCUUUACCAAUGCCAUUGAGAAGCUCAGGGAGAUCUGUAUUUCAGAACCCAGGAAGUUCACUCAAAAGGUGAAGGUAUGGAUUAGUGAGUACUGGAACCUUAUGGAAACUGUGGCCAUUGGCCUGUUUUCAGUUGGUUUUGGCCUUCGGUGGGGUGACCCUCCUUUUCACACAGCGGGAAGACUCCUCUACUGCAUAGACAUCAUAUUCUGGUUCUCACGGCUGCUGGACUUCUUUGCUGUGAAUCAACAUGCAGGGCCAUAUGUGACCAUGAUUGCGAAAAUGACAGCAAACAUGUUCUACAUUGUGAUCAUGAUGGCCAUAGUCCUGCUGAGCUUUGGAGUGGCACGAAAGGCCAUCCUUUCACCCAAGGAGCCACCAUCUUGGAGCCUGGCUCGAGACAUUGUAUUUGAGCCCUACUGGAUGAUCUACGGAGAAGUCUAUGCUUCAGAUAUAGACGUUUGUUCAAACCAGCCAUCUUGCCCUCCCGGUUCUUUUCUUACUCCAUUCCUGCAAGCGGUCUACCUCUUCGUGCAAUAUAUUAUCAUGGUGAACCUGUUGAUUGCUUUCUUCAACAACGUUUACUUAGAUAUGAAAUCCAUCUCAAACAAACUAUGGAAAUACAAUCGCUAUCGUUACAUCAUGACCUACCACGAGAAGCCCUGGCUGCCCCCGCCUUUUAUCCUGCUGAACCACGUGGGCCUCCUGGUCCGCUGCCUGUGUCAUUGUCAAGCUCCUAAUGACCAAGAAGAGGGUGAUGUUGGAUUAAAACUCUACCUGAGUAAGGAGGAUCUGAAAAAACUGCAUGACUUUGAAGAGCAGUGUGUGGAAACAUACUUCCAUGAGAAGAUGGAAGGUCUGAAUUGUAGUUGUGAAGAACGAAUCCGAGUGACAUCAGAAAGGGUUACAGAGAUGUACUUCCAACUGAAAGAAAUGAACGAAAAGGUAUCUUUUAUAAAGGACUCUUUACUGUCUUUGGACAGUCAGGUGGGACACCUGCAGGACCUCUCUGCCCUGACUGUGGAUACCCUAAAAGUUCUUUCUGCUGUUGACACCUUGCAAGAGGAUGAAGCUUUCCUGGCCAACAGAAAGCAUUCUACCUGCAGAAGACUUCCCCACAGCUGGAGCAAUGUCAUCUGUGGAGAGGUUCUAGGCAGUAUGGAGAUCUCUGGGGAGAAGAAAUACCAGUAUUAUAGCAUGCCCCCUUCUUUGCUGCGGAGCCUGGCUAGAGGCCAGUAUGUCCCAAGAGUACAGAGGCAGGCCUUUCUUGAGAUUACACACAGUCAAAAAGAGGCUUCAAAUGCAAGACAUGACCAGGAAGAACAAGAAACACAAAGCAGUAUAGAUGCUUCUAGGGUGUCUCCUAAUAGGCAAGGCCACUCAAAGUAUGGUCCAUUUCUCCUGGUCCCUUCUUAUGUAAAGCAAGUUCCUUUUUCAGCAGAAACUGCCUUGCCUCUGUCUAGACCAUCUGUCGGAGCAGGUACAGAUGUGCUGGCAACUGAACAGGUCACCCAGAGUGUGGUUUCUGUUCAUCUGACUGGGCAGACCCAGGUUGUCUCAGACCAGGAAUCAGUGGCUGAACCCAAGGAACUCCACGAGCCCAUGGCUCAGACAUCAGAUAAACAAGACAAGGCAGAACAAGUUCUGCCCACUUUGAGUUGCACAGCUGCACCUGUGACAGUGACCCACCUUCCUUCCCAAGCCAAGAGCUUGCAAACUAUAGGUGGAUAUGUGAACUGGGCAUUUUCAGAAGGGGAUGAAACUGAUGAGCAUAGCAUCAAGAAGAAAUGGCACACCUGCUUGCCCUCUGCUUCUAACAGUGACUCCACUCAGUGCGACCGAUGCCCGGUGCAGAUCUGGGGCAGUUCCUUAUCUGAUAACUCAACAAGAUUGGUUAGUGAUCACUCAGAGGUGGACCCGUGGCUCCAGCCAAAUGCAUCCUUUUGGAUCAAUCCUUUCCACAGAGGCAGAUUCUUCACUAGGAGUCAUAGUUUAAGACUCCACAAAAAGGAGAAACUGAUGAAGAUAUGUAAGAUUAAACACCUUCCAAGAUCCUCAGAAUUUGGGCAGUCAGCAUGGGUCAAAGCAAAAAUGCUAACCAAGGACAGGAGAUUGUCGAAGAGAAAGAAGAAUACACAAGGACUGCAGGUGCCAGUCAUAACAGUCAACACCAGCUGUCAAAGUGAUCCACUGAAUCCAGAACCAGGGGAAAAUGACAUCUCAGAAGAAGAGAGGUGCAGCAAGAACUGGCUCACGGUGUCCAAAUUUAGUCAGAUAAGUCUAGAACCUUAUAUAUAUCAAAAAAUGAAAACUAAAGAAAUUGAACAACGUGCUGUACAAGUCAGCGCUUACCUAAAGCAGUCCCAAGAGGAUCCAAGUGAAAACUCUUUGUGGAAUUCCAGGAGCACCAGCCUCAACAGGAACUCCCUGUUGAGAAGUUCAAAUGGAGUUGACAAGAUCUCAACCUCCUUAAAAAGCCCUCAAGAGCCUCACCAUCAUUAUUCAGCCAUUGAAAGGAAUAAUUUAAUGAGGCUUUCUCAGACCAUACCAUUUACACCAAUCCAACUGUUUGCUGGAGAAGAAAUAACUGUCUACAGGCUGGAGGAGAGUUCUCCAUUGAACCUUAGUAAAAGCAUGUCCUCUUGGUCCCAGCGUGGGAGAGCUGCAAUGAUCCAGGUGUUGUCCCGAGAGGAGAUGGAUGGGGGUCUCCGCAAAGCCAUGAGGGUCAUCAGCACUUGGUCAGAGGAUGACAUUCUGAAGCCAGGACAGGUUUUCAUUGUGAAGUCAUUUCUUCCUGAAGUUGUGCAGACAUGGCAUAAAAUCUUCCAGGAAAGUACUGUACUUCAUCUUUGCCUCAGGGAAAUUCAACAACAAAGAGCUGCUCAAAAACUGAUCUAUACAUUCAACCAAGUAAAACCACAAACUAUUCCCUACACGCCAAGGUUCCUGGAAGUUUUCUUAAUCUACUGCCAUUCAGCCAACCAAUGGUUGACGAUUGAAAAGUAUAUGACAGGGGAGUUCCAGAAGUACAACAACAACAACGGUGAUGAAAUUACCCCCACCAACACCCUGGAGGAGCUGAUGUUGGCUUUCUCCCACUGGACCUAUGAGUAUACACGGGGAGAGCUGCUGGUUUUAGACUUGCAAGGCGUUGGAGAAAAUUUGACAGAUCCAUCUGUUAUAAAACCUGAAGACAAACAAUCAAGAGGAAUGGUGUUUGGACCAGCCAAUUUGGGGGAAGAUGCAAUUAGAAACUUCAUUGCAAAACAUCGUUGCAACUCCUGCUGCCGGAAGCUCAAACUCCCUGAUUUAAAAAGAAAUGACUAUUCCCCUGGAAGGAUCAAUUCUACCUUUGGACUUGAGAUCAAACUAGAACCAACUGAAGGGCCUCCAGCAAAGGAGAGGGAUAGAAAUUCCCCAGAAGAUCGUACACGACUUUAA